GCCGAGCAGGAGAGGCCAGUCGCGUAGCGGAGUCAGAUGUAUCUCGGUCCGUGGAAGUGACAGGCUGCGCGGGGGUGCGAGCGAGAGAGACCGAGUCGAGGAAGGGUCGUCGGGUCGUCGGGUCGUCGGGGGUCUCGGCGAGGGUCGCGCGCUCGGUGGUCGUCCGUUGCGAACGGGCCCGCCGCGCGACGGUGGAGAGUCGUCGGUCGACGGGAGCGAGAUGACCCGCUAGCCCUUCGGGUCCUCGCUGGGUGCGCGCGGACAACGGGGAGAGGAGCGGCGACGUCGGAGCGAGGGAGAGAGAGCGAGCGGCGCCACGCGGGUAAGAGAGGGACGGAGCUAGAGCGCGAGCGAGAGCGGUGGCGGACAUCCUCGACGAGAGGACGCGCGCGAGGGAGCGAGAGAGACGGCGCCACUCGCGGAGCGAGCGAGACAGAGGGUGACCGUCGCGGUCUUUUGUCCGGACGGAAGGCCGAGCUCGAGGCCGAUCGCCUCCUGGAGUCGUCCCGCGACUCCGCGACUCGGGUAAGUGUCGACGGGCCUUGGAACGAGCCCGGUGCCCGGAGGGGGACGACGAGCCAACUCCGGGGACACCCCGGGGCGGCCGCUCGGCCGACUCGCCGAGAGGAGCCUCGAGAGCAGCCGAGAAGGACGCGAGUUCCUUCGCAGGCGGGAGGCGAGAAAUAUGUCGUCACCCAGUGCUGGCAAGCGACGCAUGGACACCGACGUUAUCAAGCUAAUAGAGAGCAAGCACGAGGUGACAAUCCUAGGAGGGCUCAACGAAUUCUCCGUCAAAUUUUAUGGACCACGAGGGACGCCUUACGAGGGUGGAAUAUGGAAGGUGAGGGUUCACCUGCCCGAACAUUACCCUUUCAAGUCGCCUUCGAUCGGCUUCAUGAACAAGGUGUACCACCCUAACAUCGACGAGGUCUCGGGCACCGUGUGCCUUGACGUCAUCAACCAGGCCUGGACAGCCUUGUACGAUCUCUCGAACAUCUUCGAGUCUUUCCUGCCACAGCUUUUAACAUAUCCCAAUCCAAUCGACCCCCUAAAUGGCGACGCCGCAGCGCUGUACCUCCAUAAACCUGAGGAGUACAAGAAAAAAGUCACGGACUACGUUAGGAAGUACGCGACGGAAGAGGCGCUGAGGGACCAGGAAAAUGGCGGGACCGGCAACGGCAUGUCGUCGGACAGCGAAUCGUCGAUGAGCGACUUCAGCGAGGACGAGGCGCAAGAUAUGGAGUUGUAACCAAAUAUUUUACCAUCCACCGCCCCCACGUCCCUAGUCCCGAGUCCCUGUAACCCUCGAUCGCUCGUCCUACCAAAUAGAUGCUUCUUCACGACCCUUCGCCCUGCCCCGAUCGUCCCUCCUCACCUCUCGACAGGAACUUCUUAUAGUCUCGUCAAGAAGCGAUCGGUCGUCGCGCGACCGCGGAUCGUGGACGUGCGAAUUACCGUUUAGUCAUUCGAAAAUAAGAUGGACGGGUCCUCGACUCGUCCGCGCCCCGUGGGGUGUGUUCAGAAUCUUUUAGGAGAUGCGUUUGGGCGACUUCCGCGGAAGCCAUCGUGUCCUAGACCCGGAUAGACUCGGAGCGGAGGGAGACGAUACAGGUCGACCGGAGCGCACGAUUUCUCGCCAUCCUCCCAGAACUUUUCUCCAUAUCGAAUUCGAACGGCAGACACCAUGAGGCUACGUGUAGGACGGGUCUUUGGCUCGAUUUUACCACUUAUGGUUCGUUUCCAGACGAUGUCUAGGUCCGGCGACUUCCUUUCUUGAGCGCGCGACCUAUCAGUUCCCGAUUAUUAUAAGGAGUUUCCUUUCGGUUCCCUUCUCUAAGAAGUCGUUGAUAUCGUGGCUGAUAUCUCGUUGACUUAGGUCUUGAAACAACCUGUAGUCGCGUUUUGAAAUCUUGACUACGGGCUUACGAGUGGCGGUUCGGAUCCGUGCUUUCCGAUGUACUGGGUCAAAUUGUGCGAAACUGGACGCGCGCGUUGCGAAGCGUCCUUUCAUCUCGUCUUGUUCCUUGGAUCCGAUUUCCUGCGCAUUUUCUAUCGAUCGAUCACACGUGACAAGAUGGACCUUGUACAAAACGAAGCGUCGUUCCAUCUCGUCUCGUCGCGUCUCGCCUCGUCUCGCCUAGUUUUGUCUUCUGGACCGGCAGUCUUAAAUUCUAAGGAAUAUAAGGAAGGUUUUCCUAAAUACGAGCACAGAUUAUUGAAAUAAUGUACGGGACGCGACGAGUGCUCGGUUCUAAUUGGAAUAAAAACGUUGUCUUUAUACGUUCGUUCUGGCUUGAUGUAUGACAAUACGGAGAUGCGCGUUAAGAUUUCUCGUUGCAAUGUUCGGCACCUUCGAGAUAUACGUAGAAGUUUCGCAGCGGAUUCGCUUGGUGGCUGGCAGAUCCUUCUGCAUUCUUUUUCCUCUCUCUCUCUCUUUCUCUCAACAUUUUAACGUUGUUCGUGCAGACAAUGAAGUUUGCGUGAUUCAAUUUUAUAAAUUUAAUUUGUACGCGUAGUAAGAAGAAGUCUAACGGGAGCGCGGCACGUUCUUUCGGAACUUCCGUGUAUGGUCAUUGUGUUAAGGAAACCUCGGCAAGUAUUUGCAUUCCAUUUCUGAUAGUGCACGACGAGGAAGCGUUGAUUACGAUAUCGUAAAUGAUUUCAGUACUUUGUGCUCAUAUUCGGCAAAUCUUUUACUGGUGUGCGAUGUACGGUGGAAAGGAUGGGAUGAGUUUCUACGGAUAUGCUACGUUCACAUCUACGUUCGAGAUCUGUCUCGUGUGCUGCUGUUAUUUGUUAAUCGGUCGGGUGUAUGUCCUUCGCACAACUAGAAAAUACUCGGAACAUCACGGUUCUCUGUACAUGCGAAACCGUGGGAUUGAUUUGUUGCUAGUCUUAAUAAAAAGAUUUAGCAUUUCGCGUGCACGGAGAACCGGAAGAAGUAACUCGAAGGACGUAUUCGCGUAGCAAGUACAAAAGGAAGUAUUCGGCGAGGUCAGACUCCUUAAGCUUUAAGAGAAGUUCUCGACGAAGUACCUAAUCUAAUCAUCACUGUCAAUGGUCUCAUGUCUUUCGUCAUUCUCAGCAGAGAAAGGAGUAGAAAAGAGCAAAUGGCGUGUCUGUACCACUGGUUCCUUUAUUAUUUAAGUUUCACUUUUAUUUCUCAGGCUCUUUCAGGGCACUCGGAAACUGUUUCUUCGCACACCUCGUCUCUGUCCAGAGUUCGGGGGGUGAAAGACUUUUUAUUUUAUUUUUAUUCAAAUAACGAAGUGGUAUAAAUCUAACGGUAAUUCUGUUAAAUGGUAAAUAAAAUUAUUUUUCGCUGACUUACGGUUUUGGCAUAGUAUCGGUAUAGAAAGUACUUUUUACAAAUUUAGAAGCUUUUAUUUCGACAUUGGGAUUCAAUGAUUCCGUUUUUCCGCUUAUCGGUAGUCUUGGAAUUUUAUCACGUAUCAAUCGUUGCUUUUGUUUUUCUUUACCCAUAUGUGGUAUCAGAGAGAGGAGUCCUCUGACAGACAUUAGAACAUCCUGCGCUCGAACAACCGCCAAAAUCUACUUCGACUUCGAGUUUUUGGUCAAUGUUGUACUAAUUCUCAUGCUUCGGGCUUGCGAACUUUUUCCGGGAGAGCUCACUUUUAUUUCCAUUCCCAAAGCCAUAAUCACGCGUUAAAAAAAAAAAACAAAAAAAACCGAAUGUCAUACUGGAACCAUUCCUAACUUCUUCCUUUCCGAUACGAUUCCCGGUUUCCCUCGCAGGACUUUACCACACGAAAACGUCACGGAGACCUUGAGAACGACCUCGAAGAAGUCACGAAAACGGCCGAGCGAGGAAGUCGGCGAUCUUGCACCUCUUCUGAAAGUCAUCCGUUCGUCCUCGUCGAGGAGAAAAAGUCGAACCCGAAUUUGCGACGCCGACCAGGAAACCUCGACCUCUUCUUCGAGAACUCUGCCAGGAUCCUCUUCGGAUGUUUCGGAUCUUUUAAACUCGCAGAGUGACGUCGACAUGAAUUGUCCUCGGCAACGCUCAGAAAGUCAUCGCGAUCCCGAAGAUCAACUCCAGGAGACGAGCAUGGAGGUCGAUACGGCCGAUUCAGAAGGAAGUGAUAACCCCGAUGUUAACCUCGAAUGACCUUAAGCAAUCUCGCGGUUCUUCGCGAUUUUUGGCCGAUUUUACGGAAUUUUUGUACGACUGUGUCGUGAUAUUCUACGUUAUGUCGAAUUUAGUGCAAAGGUCACCCUAGAACUUUUAACCGUUUAUAGAGAUUUUUGCUUCAUUGUGGCAAAGCGAUAAAGAAUAUUUCAGAGUAAAGCAAUUCUGUACACUGCGUACUGAUAAAACAAGAAUUUCCAUUAAAUUUGAAGUAGCAAAUACGUGGCAUUUUUGCAACUUUUGUACUAUGUGAAAUUAGUAGAAUUUUAUUUUAACGAUCCAGAGAAAUGGAGAACGAAUCGUGGCGUAUUUUAACCUUGUAAACUUUUGUUCAGAAAUAUUUGAUAUGCGUCGGUUCAAUUGGUGUUAAGACCAUAUUAUUGUACGGCCAAAGUGACACAUUAUGGUUGCUUUUUAUUUAUUACUUUUUAAAAUAAGAUCUGCCUAUAAGCCACGAAACAUUUGAUGCGUGUUCUCAGAUGACCAUUCUUAAAGGGUGUUCUAUUAUCGAAUUUUGUUUUUCCGUUCAGCGAUCAGAGAUUCAAGGUCAUUCGAUCGGUGCAUUCGAUCCCUCAACCGCAAGAUAUGAUCCUAACAUUACGCGUCUUACCCUGGUCUUCCUUCAGCAGGACUCGUGACUUUCUCGAAAUAAUCGUCGCGUUUUGUAAGCGUACAAAAUUAGAGGGUAAACCGUUGACGCGAUAAAUGCAUAGCGAUAAUUGCGUCAUAAAAUUCUCCAUAAUCUGCUUAUGUUUACCAUCAUUCGAUGACAUUCGACGAUCGAUCUUGCGAAGUAUUGUGAACGGGAGAGUAAUAUUAACAAUUAACAUGCAUGUAUUAUCGAAAUUUGUCGAGGAAAUCCAAUUUGUCAUCGGUGUAUCGUGUAUACACGUAGGCGGUAUGUAGGCUUUAUAAAGCGCACGUGCACAGGGUGCACACAUCUUUGCGGAAACAUAUGGCGUUUCGGUAUGCAAUCUUUACGAGGAAUAUCUUGAUGUAUCGCGUGUCGCAGUAUCGAUCGGAAUCGCAGUGCCUUUAGGGCGAAGUAGCGUGCCUUAAUAUCGCAUUUUCCUUGCCUAGACAUCGGAGAACUUCUCGAGAAGUCUGUCGGGUUUCCUGGACCAGCGUUUCAAAAGCUUUCGGAAUCGCUUACAAGGAGUUACGUGGACGCACGAAAAGGCGCAAAACGACCGCUCGUUUCUUUCGACCGAAAAACUCGAUCCUUUUCCCUGGCCGAUGAGAAUAACGCAAAGGACAUAUACCAAUCCCAGCCUUGUCAUUUUUGUCACGACUGUAGCUACUAGAAUCGCGUUAACUGUCUCUCACUGUUUAGUAUAGUGCAAAGUGUGUUUACAGUUUAACGAUCUACUAGCAAGACGAGAACAAAAAAAGAAUGUAAUGGAAUAAUAUAAAUAUCUUUUUUAUAAACGGACGAAAUAUUUUGUAAUAAAAUAAUUAUCAAGUAUAUACCGCCGUAGAGUUCUUCACUGAGGAUAGCUUCACUGGGUGCUGGGUGUAUUUUUGAGACGUGUGACUCGUGUUUAAGCUCGAUAAUUAUAUUCCGAAUCUGCGGGUUUUUUUUUUUUUUCAACUAAGUUCGUUAUUAAUUAUGAGUUUCGUAUAUAUGUGUACAUAUAUAUGUAUAUUCAUUGAUUGUUAUAAAUUUAUGGGAUAGUUUUGCAUUUUUAUAGGAUAUAUCGUCGGAUGAUAUUUGGGUGUUAUGCGAACUUAUUUGAUUUAUUUCAUUUGAGUAUGUACAAUUAUUUAAGUUUAACGCGAUAUUACGAAGUUUCCAAAUUUUUCUUAAGAGACAAACAGUCCUUUAUGGUAUUUUCAUCGGUGCAUUCUUUUCGACACAUGCGCCGCUCUUAUUUUCGUGCAUCGCGGACUGUCGUCAUUUCCAUCCUGAGAAGCAGUCGCGCUUUUCCCUUAUGCCGAACGGCAAAUCUUAAGGAAAUUUCUGUAAAAUUAAUAUCCAGGGAGUAAUGGAAAAAAUAUGCGACAGGGUCAUGAUUAAAGAGAAGAACGAAACUGCCAUUACCUUUUUUGGAGUAGCUCUGAGUUUGCUCGUACAUAGAGAAUGAAUUUUCAUUGCAAAAUGGUUGUCAAGGUUUCGCGCAAUUAUUGCACCGCUGACCUUGACUUGUCUUUUUAAAAAUAUUUCCUUUCUUUAUUUGUAGCACUGCAAACGGCUUUGUAAUUAUAUGUAUAACUUUGUACCUGGAACAAACAUCUCAAACGCAUACAUUUAAUUGAAUUUGAGUAUCUAACGAUACAUUGAUUUUAACCAUUAUUUAAAAUUCUUAACUGAAAUAUUUUUCUCAAAUUUUUGUUUAUAUAAAGUAGGUCAUAUGUGAGAUAAUUAAGGUCAUCGAAAUUUUGAUGACGUUCUCUAGAGCUUCAUUUUCGAACACCAUGUGUAGUUAUAUGAUAACUGAUGCUCAGACAUACUCUGUACAGCACUAAGCAAUUACCAUUACAACUUCUCGGAGUAACAUUUUACUAAGACACAUCGAAUUACAACUUCCAAAAUGUACAAAAAUUGUUAAUCACUUGCUAAAGCGAGGUAAAUAUUAACGCGAGAUGUAUAUUAAGACGAGCUUCUGCAUUAUAGGCUGAGGUGGAUGAGUCGGGAGAUACUCAUUGCAGUCUGUUUUAUUUCCGAGGUAUUUUAAAACAUUUAUUUCCUACGAGACAUGUCAAGUUUUUGAACAUUUUCUUUCUUUCAUAAGGGGUUGUGAUCGUUAUUCGUUGGCUUGAUUGCAAAUUUUUCUCACUACCAGCAUGAUACUAUAGCGCAAAUUUGGUAGCGAUUCGUUGUUAUUAAAAUAAGACAGCUGCUUUCGCAAAGAGAGGUCGAUUAAAUACGAAGGAAAAUAUGAAAUGAGAAAAAAAAAAAAAGCGACGGAGACGAGUGCUUCUCUAGGUUGGAAUAACAGAGAUGGUACCAUCGUGCUCUCAGAUCUCACACAUUGCGAUUACUAAUAAGAGUUAUUAUAUUGAUUAGUUGUACGUUAAUUUUCGUAUUCGUAUUUUGCGUAAGCACCGGUCAAUCUACUAAUAAAUUAUCUUAACGUAUAGUUUUAGUGAAUUUGGAUGAGAUAAUCUUUAAGUUAAUAAUGAUAAUAAUAAUAUUCUUGUUUUUCUUUUGGA